GGAUGAUCUACUGCCGCCGGGAUUAUGUCAAAUUAAUAGAUCAAGUGCAACCUCGCGAGCAACAAAUCCCCUAUUUGGCAGGUAUAAGAACCGAUGUUAUGUCAUGUCAUCAGCCGCAGAAACCACAUGACAGGGGCAUGUCUAUCAGCAGCCAAAUAGCGACAGAAGAAAAAGAAAACGGCCCCAUUGACCCUAAGAACAAAGUGUGGCUGGCAAACAACAUCAAUCAUGCUUUGACGUCGUUCGUCCAGAUCGGUCGCAUGGCGAACGUGUGGCCCGCUCGAGCUGGUCCCGGAGUUCUGAAACCUGGGGACAAUCAAGUUCCCAGGGCGAUGAGAGGCGGCAGACGCAUGAGCAGGCAACGUGCGCGCGUGCACGCCUAUACGAGGUAUCCUAAGCCCUGCGCACGGCUUGUCACAUGAGCGAUGCCCCGUUCCUGAUUGACAUUCUGGAAGGGCGGGCUAGGGGUUGCACGAUUAUGUGGUCAAAAUGAUGCACGACCCUGUCAUCGCCUUGCGGCUUUAAACAGAGAAAAAAAAAAGAAAAAAAAAGGCCGAAGGGGGUGUUGGUUGAUCAGCUACCUCGUUUGAGACCUCACUGUCCUCAAGACUAGAAGCUCCAAGAAGCU